GUCAUUUACACAAGUUUGAAUAUAAGCUUUGCAAUCUCCUCAUCAGUCAAUAACCAAUACGCGCAAAAGAUUAGGAAAUAAUUGAGCAUCCACCAUGAACAUCAAGCACCAGCACUUUCUCAUCACUGCUCUACCAGCCCAAGGCCACAUCAACCCUACUCUUCAGCUAGCAAAAAACUUGGCAAGAGCCGGUGCACAAGUCACCUUUGCCACCACGGUUUAUGGCGUUAGGCGCAUUAAAAACCCUCCAGCCUCUAUUGGUCUCUCCUUUGCAUCCUUUUCGGAUGGCUAUGAUGAUGCAGAAUCCAUGAAAAACCGCGAUUUCGCGUGCUUUUUAUCAGAUGUUAAGUGUUUCGGUUCUAAAGACCUUACCAAGUUUAUCCAAGCUUCAUCAAACGAGGGCCGACCGGUGACCUUUGCAAUCUACACUGUGUUGCUGCCUUGGGUGGCAGAAGUGGCCAGUGAAAUGAAUAUUCAUUCGGCGCUUUUGGCUAUCCAGUGUGCCACUUCGUUUGCCAUCUACCACAGGUACUUCAAUAGCCAUGAUGGAAUUUAUGAUGAAAUUCGUGAAGUUGAUUGCUCUUCAAUUUCCAUAAAAUUGCCUGAUCUUUCCUUGUUCCAAAAGGAGGAUUUGCCGACCUUUCUCUUACCGAAUGAUCCAUUCUUUGCUUCUAUAGUUCCAUUUGUUCAUGAAAAUAUUAAGAUCUUAGAGCAAGACUCAAAAGCUUGUGUGCUUGUCAACACUUUUAGCGAGUUAGAAGAAGCAUCAAUCAAAGCUGUUCAUGGAAUGAAUUUGAUCCCAAUUGGACCUUUGAUUCCAUCGGCCUUUUGUGAUGGCUACGAUUCAUCUGACAAAUCUGUUGGUGGCAACUUAUUUGACAUCCCGGAAAAUGACUGUCUUCAAUGGUUGGACUCAAAACCAGAAAGGUCAGUGGUUUAUGCAUCAUUCGGAAGCCUUUUGAGUUUAAAGAAACAAGAAAAGAUGGAGAUUUUGCAUGGAUUAAAGGAAGCUGGAAGGUCUUAUUUGCUCGUGUUACGAGCAGAUAACGAACAGGAAGAAGACGUAAAGGCAGUGGUAGAAAAUAUAUCAAGUGAAGAGGGGAUGAUAGUGCCAUGGUGUUCACAAAUGGAGGUACUCUGUCACAGAUCAAUAGGGUGUUUUCUCACACACUGUGGGUGGAAUUCAACACUGGAGAGUAUUGUUGCUGGGGUUCCAAUUGUGGGAUGUGCACAUUUAUCUGAUCAGACAACAAAUGCAAAGUUGAUCGAGGAAGUUUGGGGUAUUGGGGUGAGAGCAAAAGCUAAUGAAGAAGGGGUGGUGGAAAGAGCAGAGAUCAGGAGGUGCUUGGAUACUGUGAUGGGAGGUGGUGAAAAAGGGGAAGAAAUAAGAAGAAAUUCUGCUAAAUGGAGAUGUGUGGCGAUUGAGGCUAUGAAGGAAAAUGGAUCUUCACAUAACAAUUUCAGAAACUUCUUGCAGAAUUUGGAGUGAGACUGAUACUAAUUUCUUGUAAAAGGGCUGUGUUUGAGUUUCAGUCCAUCAAAAUCAUAGGUUUUUUGUAAUCAUGUAUUGAUGAUUGAAUAAAUUACAAUACCUAUUUAAUUGUUGAAAA